AUGCCGCGGCGAAAGUACACCGUCAGCGCUGCAGCCCGCAUUGUGAACACGACAGAUGACCUCUGCGGCACGAUUGCCGCCCUUCCCGACGACGUCGAUCCUACCCGCAUUUCCGAACGCUUCAACGUCGGCGAAACAGAAGAUGCGCUGCAUCACCAAGCCUUGCUCGCCUACUCCUCUCCGACCGCUUCUUCGCGGGACCUCGGCCAGAACUGA